CAUCAUGCAAUGCAAUGAACAUCUCUAUUGACGGCAUUUUCGGGGAUUUUUAUUCUGAUACAGUACAAAUUCAAGCUUCUAGUCAAUUCAGAGUGUGCACAACCGGUCUCAGUGAAGUUUCUAACAUGGAUGAAGCCUUGCUCUCUGGCCGACUCGUCAUCGCUUCCUUAAGUGAUACUAAAAUUCUUGCCGCUGGCAACGUUUCGUUUUCUUCAUCAAGCAACUCUACUAUUUCCACUCAUAGUAACGUCACAAUCCACGCUGCUAGUAAUAUUGCCUUAGCUUACCCUGACAUUCCCAAAUCGUUGACUGCAAAAAUAGCAGCCGAAGAUUGGGCUAUCCGGAAAGAGUCUUUCUCCAGCAAAUUCAUCAACUGUGAUGCCGAAAAGACCGACAAUCCAUUGGGGCAGUCUUGUGCUCUGCGAUUGAAGAUCAACUUCAUAGCUAAGGACUCGCUGGACUUCGAUUACAUCCAGCGUCGGUUGGAGAGCCGGUGGGGCGACGGACACAGAUCAGACGGCGGACCUGCGACGAACGAAUCUCAUAUUGACAUCAAAACAAUUUUGAUGUGGGUGGAAAGGCGUCCAGAGAGAACAAAAUAUGGAGACCACAACUACUUUCUGGGGUGUCCCGUGAACAAUUGUCAAAUUACAGCAAACAAAACUUUGGUAACUGCAGAAGAAGUGGACGCAAUCAUCUUGAAUUCAUGGUGGAUUCGUGGUUCAAGACAACUGAGAGCCCUACCAGACAGAAAAAGUUUUCCGAACGCCAAGAUGGUACUACAGUCCUACGAAGCCCCCAUACGUUAUGGCCGUGAGGGUCUGAAGGCCUUCGAAGGCCGGGUCGACUACACCAUGGGGUACAGGAAAGACUCGGACAUCGUUAAGACAAACGGUGCAGUUCACUUGAGAGCCAAACCUGCCGACCCAACGCGUCACCAUCCUGAUGUAACCGGGCCACGCAGCAAGCGAAGAAUGGCUGCUUGGUUUGUGUCCAACUGCCAUUCGACUCCCAGUAAUAGAAUGAAGUUGGCGCAGUCCUUGCAGAAGCACGGCGUGCAAGUCGACAUAUACGGCAAAUGCGGUAAGCUGCAGUGCGGCCCAUCUCAAUCUGAUGCAUGCUAUAAAAUGGUGGAGCAGGAGUACAAAUUCUACUUGUCCUUAGAAAAUUCCCUCUGCAAUCACUAUGUCACAGAAAAAUUCUUCAACCUAUUACGAUAUGACGUCAUCCCGGUGACGUACGGCCUGGGCCACGAGUUGACCGGGGCGCCAAAAGACGCCUACAUCGACGUCUUCGAUUUCCCCGACGUCCAGUCGCUGGCCGCCUACCUCCUCUACCUCGACUCCAACACCACCGCCUAUAAUGAAUACUUCAGGUACAUCACCCCACACUUGCUACCGACUCCAACACCACCGCCUAUAAUGAAUACUUCAGGUACAUCACCCCACACUUGCUACCGACUCCANCUCUAG